GUUUAAAAAUGGCCGCUUAGGUGCUUAAAAUGUAAAUAAUUCUGAUGAGAGUUAGGUAACUUUUUUUCACAAACAACUCUGAUUGCCAAGAUGUUGCGAUGUUGCUGCAGACACACCUUGAUCUUAUGUAAAAACAUUAGCAGACAAGAAUUAUUACCUUUUGCCCGGUGCAUGAGCUACAAGGAUAAAACUCACUAUGAGAUACUUGGGGUAAGAUCAGAUGUCUCACCAGAAAAACUGAGAUUGGCGUACUUACAAUUGGCAAAAAAGUAUCACCCAGAUGUAAGCCAUGGUCGAGAAGCCCAGGACAUGUACAUCCUUGUUCACAAGGCAUACGGCAUUCUCAGCAAGCCUGAUUCUAAAUCUAAAUAUGAUGAAUGGUUGAGCUCAGGUGGUCAUAAAAAAAAGAGGAAGGACUUCUUCUCAGAGGAGACGACAGACUCCAAAGAUUUUGGUUUGGAAAGUCCAUUCCCUAACUCAACGCAGGAUUACUAUCUUCAUCCCUCAUUUUAUAAAGCAGGAUCCUUAUUAAGGACUGAGGCGGAGGCAGUGUGGAACUACCACAUGAAGAUGGAAAAGGCAGACGACCAUUUCCGUGACAUGAUGACCAUAAAAAAAGACGAGAGGCAGAAAGUAUUCAACAUCGUAUUGGCAAUUGUAGUUGCGGCUGGCUUGUUUACUUACCUGGCAACACCAUCAAGGAAGGACUUUGAUGCAAAUGCAAAGGAAAUGAGUAAACGAAGAGCUAUGGCUUUAGAAGAAAUAAGAAAAAUGCAAGCUGACAGAUCAGAUGGGCCAAGGAAAAGUUGAUGCUGCAGCAGUAGCAUAGGACUUCAGUGAAUAUCAUUGAUUGUUAUUUAGAAAAGACUGAAACAUGUUCACAAACAGUGUGCUACAUUCAGUUAUUUUCAUCCUGUGCAAAAAUGCAAGCUGACAGAUCAGAUGGGCCAAGGAAAAGUUGAUGCUGCAGCAGUAGCAUAGGACUUCAGUGAAUAUCAUUGAUUGUUAUUUAGAAAAGACUGAAACAUGUUCACAAACAGUGUGCUACAUUCAGUUAUUUUCAUCCUGUGAUGUAGCUGUUUUGGAAAUUCUUGUAUAAUAUACUAGUAGUAUCACUACUGGUACCUGUAAAUGUUGUUUUUCUGUAAGAAAAUGGUUUUAUAAGUAGAAUUGAAAAUUUGUGAACGUUUGUUACAUGACCUUCUACAUGAUCUUUUGCGACAUGACGUUGGCUAUAUGACGUUCCACAUGACCUUUUGCUAUAUGACCUUUAGCUACAUGACCUAUAGCUUCAUGACCUUCUACAUGACUUUUUGCUGCAUGACCUUCUACAUGACCUUUAGCUACAUGACCUAUAGCUUUAUGACCUUCUACAUGACUUUUUGCUGCAUGACCUUCUACAUGACCUUUUGCUACAUGACCUUCUACAUGACCUUUUGCUACAUGACCUUCUACAAGAUCUUUUUCUGCUUGACCUUUUAUUUCUGACAUUUAUUUGUGAACAGAGGCCAUGAUUGCGAACAGUCUCCAAGCCCUAAAUUCAGAAUUAGAAACGCCCUGUGAUUAUAUUACACAGAAUCAUCUUUAUUUCAUUCAUUUUACCCAAACAGUGUGAAUACUUGUCCAACUUCGAAAAGUAAUAACUUUCGGCGUAUUAUAAUAUUUGCAGUUCAGCCACUCGAGUGUUCAUGCACUCAGACAUGAGACCGUUCGCUAUCACGGCCACAGGUCAAAGCAACCAUUAUUUCUUAUAGAGAUGACAUCACUUACUUGACUCAAUUUUUAUAUGAUAUGUUUUGUAAAUCAGUUGCUAUUGAAGUCAGUCUUUGUCACCAUUGUAUUUGUUUUCACUUUUUAUUUUGCUUGUAAUCAUAUUCAUAUAAAUGCAGAGAAGGCAUGUUUAUCAUUAAAUUAUAGAAAAAAGCA